AUGUGCUUCUGGAAAAUCGGCGCGACGGCUGCAAGUUAUCCGUGUCUCCUUUGUACCUGGAACUCUUUACUUUUCCCGCCAAAAGAGAAACCGCUUCCACUUCUGAAACUUCCAACUAUUCCAUUGAGACUGAUAACAAAAAUGAUGAAGCCAGAGGAGAUACUAAAUCUUUCAAUAUGCUCUUAUCGAUUGGAACUCUUCCUGAGAGCAUCCAGACAUAGGAUCACCUGUUGCAAUUUUCAUGUCAGUGAUCGACACUUGUCAGUUUCAUUGAAAAUCCCAAACAGUAUGGCAAUGAGUUUCAAAAUAGGAGAAGGGAAAAAACAAUUGAAUUCGGUGGACAAGUUGGGAGUGUUGUGUAGGAGUUUACGAGAAAAGAAGGGUUCAUUUUGGUUCAAUCAAGAAUUCCCACCAGACGAAAUGCUCGAAAUCUACAAACGAACCAUUUCACUGUACUCUCCUUUCUUAAUCAUAUGGGUAUUUUAUUUUGAUAGUUCGUCGCCGUCGGUGGAUAGUUCUUGCCGCUAUUUGGUUGAAAAUUUGACAACUAUGAUAUCAGCUAACAACUAUGAUAGGACAACUUAUCAUAGGUUCGUAUUUCAAAAUGGCAGUGUGACUAGAGAGUUUUUGACGGAACUGAUGGAUCGGAUACCAGUGACGGCAAGUUUUGCAGUGACAGCGGACAUACCAGCGGAUUUCAAACAUUCCAAAGCGUUCAAAUACAAAACGGUUGAAUAUAAAGAUGCUCGAUGGGCAACUCUUGAUGACUUGAAAUCAGUGAAGAAUGAAUGUUUUGUGAAUCUCCAAUCUUCAAACUUUGACUGUCAUGACCUAAAUGAAUUCCUGAAAUAUUGGGUAGACUGUGAUGACGCAAUAUUGAAAAAAAUGGCAUUGAAACUGAAGGAAGGUACAGUAAUCAAUGAGAUUGUUCUCACUGAUCAGUUGACUGUUCUACUAUACUAUGUAGACGGAUUGCCACAUUUCUUCUUGUAA